AGUACCAUGACUUUUUACAAUGUUUGCUAUUUUGUGAAAUUCAAGACGGGUUACCUCGGCUUUCGAAAAGAAAUUAAGAAAAAUAUUUUGUUCAAUGUCAGUGGUAUUAUGAACCCUGGUCUUAAUGCAAUUUUAGGACCCACUGGCUCUGGCAAAUCUUCGCUAUUGGACGUUUUAGCUACAAGGAAAAAUCCCGCAGGGCUGUCUGGUGAUAUUUUGUUAGAUGGCAUGAACCUGCCAACACAUUUUAAAUGUAUGUCUGGAUAUGUUGUACAGGAUGACAUAGUGAUGGGGACCUUGACAGUCAGAGAAAAUUUAAUGUUUUCAGCAGCCCUUCGUCUACCUUUAUCUAUGAGCAAAUAUGAAAAGAAGCAGAGAGUUGAGCAGGUUCUCAAGGAAUUGGAUUUGGCUAAAGUUGCAGAUUCUAAGGUUGGGACCUAUUUUUCUCGUGGAGUUUCAGGGGGGGAGAGGAAAAGGACCAGCAUUGGAUUAGAACUCAUUACUAACCCCAGAGUGUUGUUCUUAGAUGAACCAACAACAGGAUUGGAUGCUAGCACAGCCAAUGCUGUCCUGCUGCUCUUAAAAAGGAUGUCACUGCAAGGAAGGACAAUCAUUUUUUCAAUCCAUCAGCCCCGGUACUCUAUUUUCAAGUUGUUUGACACCCUGACGUUACUUGCUGCUGGAAAGCUUUUAUAUCAAGGGCCAGCUGACAAUGCUCUUCCCUAUUUCAAAAGCCUUGGUUUUGUGUGCGAACCAUACAAUAACCCUGCUGAUUUUUUCCUGGAUAUCAUCAAUGGGGAUUCAUCGGCAGUUGCAAUGAGUAAAAUGACAAUUCACAACACAGUUGUUGAGGCAACUGAGAGAGAACAGGAGACCAUUGCUGUGACAUUAGCAGUACAAUUUUCCAAAUGCAGUUACUACAAAAAAAUGAUAGAAGAGCUGGCUGUACUGUCUGUGGAGCAGAAAAAACUGGGAACAGCGUAUAAAGGAAUUCCAUAUUCCACUCCUUUUCUUCAUCAACUCAAGUGGCUGUCUAGACGCACAUUUAAAAAUUUGAUAGGCAAUCCACAAAAUUCCACAGCCCAGAUAGCUAUUACCACUGUUAUGGGAAUAAUUACUGGAGCUGUUUUUGCUGGAGUUAAAAACGAUGGAACCGGCAUUCAAAAUAGAAUUGGCGCUUUGUUCUUCUUGACAACUAAUCAGGUUUUGAAUAGUAUUACAACCGUUGAACUUUUUAUCACAGAAAAAAGGAUAUUUAUACAUGAAUAUAUAAGUGGCUAUUAUAGGGUGUCUGCGUAUUUCUUCUCAAAAGUAAUAGCUGAUAUGAUGCCCAUGAGGACUUUGCCAGGCAUCAUUCUCACCAGCUUGAAUUAUUUCACAAUAGGUUUCAAGCCAGCUGUGGAGUCCUUCUUUAUCAUGAUGAUUACUAUUAUAUUCAUUUCAUAUGCAGCUAGUUCUCUCGCUCUGGCAGUUGCAACAGGACAAAACGUUACAUCAGUUGCAAAUCUCCUCAUAAAUAUUUGCUUUGUUUUUAUGAUUGUUUUUUCUGGUGUGCUGGUAAAUCUCCCAACCAUUUCACCUUGGUUAAUGUGGCUGAAGUACUUCAGUAUCCCUCGCUAUGGCCUGAAUGCUUUGCAAAUCAACGAAUUCACUGGACUCAAAUUUUGCAAUGAUAGCCCAGAAGGGGUCAACGUAACAUGUGUUUCUACUACUUCGUUUACAAUAUGUACUGGUGAAGAGUACCUGGACAUGCAAGGCAUUGGCACAUCUUCUUGGGACAUGUGGCAGAAUCACGUUGCACUUAUAUGUAUGACAUUGAUUUUCCUCAUAAUUGCAUACCUGAAACUGAAAUUUCUAAAGAAGUAUACUUAG